AUGAAGGAGCUGCAUGCCGAGGAUGUUUCAGCAUUUACCAACUUCAUGCGGCUGGAGCCACCUGCUUUCCUUGAACUUUUAACACGAAUAGCACAGAGGAUUACCAAACAAGAUACAAACUACAGGAAGGCUCUUGAACCGGGGCUGAAGCUUGCAAUCACUCUGAGGUUCCUGGCUACUGGAAACAGCUACAAGUCACUUCAGUAUGGAUUUAGAGUUGCCCACAACACCAUCAGUGUGUUUGUACCACAAGUGUGCCAGGCCAUAAUCGAGGAGUUAUCUGAUGAAGUUCUCAUGUGUCCGGAUACUGCAGAGGGAUGGAAACAAGUGGCACAUCAUUUCUACAACCGCUGGAAUUUCCCUCACUGUGUGGGCGCCAUUGAUGGAAAACAUGUUGCCAUCAAGAAGCCUGGAAAGAGUGGCAGCGUAUUCUACAAUUGUAAAGGAUUCUUUUCCAUUGUACUACUUGCGAUAGUAGAUGCUCACUACAAAUUCAUGUAUGUUGAUAUUGGAAAGACUGGCUCUGGCUCUGAUGCUGAUGUGUUCAACAAGAGCCCUAUCAAAGCAGCAAUUGAGGCAGGUAAACUGAACCUGCCUGAAGCAGACCCUUUGCCUCAUGAUGACCAGCCACUGGAGUACUUCCUUGUGGGAGAUGAUGCUUUUGCUCUCAGGACAUGGCUCAUGAAGCCUCUCCCACUUCGCAAUAUGACUCACAAACAGAGAGUGUACAACUACAGACUGUCAAGAGCCAGAAGAGUUGUGGAGAAUGCAUUCGGCCUUCUGGCAGCUCGGUUCCGCUGUCUUCUCAUCACUUUACCUCUCACUCCAGACAAGGUCAUCAAAAUCACCCAUGCAUGCUGUGUCCUUCAUCACUUCCUGUGA